CCAAUUCCAAACACGCUGAUCGGCAUCUUCCUAUUUUCUUACUUCAUGCGAAGACACAUGUUCUUUAAACCCUUAAUAAACCUCACCAGGAACGAAUUGCGACCCAUUUUCUUUCAACACGGAAAACCUUCGCUUUCCGUGGUUCGUUUGGUGAUCAAAUCCGAGCAAACAAUCCACGCAUGUCUUCAUCUCUCUUAUCUCCUCCUCCGCUGUUCACCCAUCCGGUAUCUUGUUCGCUCCAUCAAGGGUCUGGAAAACAAAGCUUUUGUGGAGUAUUAUGGAGAAGGAAGCAGGUUUCAACAAAGAGAAUGGUGGUAGUUAAAGCAGGAGCAAAAAGAGUUUCUUUCGAUAAAAAAUGCAGAGAAGGUUUAGUUGCUGGCCGAAAUGUUGUUCUUUCUGAAUCUGGAACACUCAAAGUUAUCAACGAUGGUGUCACCAUUGCUAAAGCCAUAGAGCUUCCUGAUUCAAUUGAAAACGCAGGAGCAGUGCUUAUCCAAGAGGUUGCAACUAAAACAAAUGAUUUAGCUGGUGAUGGCACCACCACUGCAAUUGUUCUUGCAAGAGAAAUGAUCAAAUCUGGAUUAUUGGCUGUAGCAUUUGGAGCAAAUCCCAUUUCUUUAAAGAAAGGAAUGGAGAAGACUGUAAAAGAAUUGAUCAAAGUUUUGAAAAGGAAAUCGAUUCCAAUCAGCAAAAGGGAUGAUAUAAAAGCCAUAGCUUCCAUCUCUGCUGGAAAUGAUGAAUUUAUCGGAAACUUAAUUGCUGAAGCCAUUGAUAAAAUCGGUCAUGAUGGAAUAAUUUCUAUUGAAUCAUCUUCAUCAAGUGAAACUUCUGUGAUUGUUGAAGAAGGAAUGAAGAUCGACAAAGGAUACAUGUCUCCUCAUUUUGUCACAAAUCAGAACAAUUUAUCUGUGGAAUUUGAAAAUGCUAAAGUUCUGAUAACCGAUCAAAAGAUAUCAUCUGUGAAAGAAAUUGUCCCAUUGCUAGAAAAGUGUACUCAAUUAAGUGUCCCUUUGCUCAUUUUUGCUGAAGAUAUCUCAAUAUCAGUUCUUGAAACCCUAAUUGUUAACAAAAAUCAAGGUUUACUUAGGGUUGCUGUUGUUAAAUGUCCUGGUGUUGGGGAACGAAAGAAAGCUUUACUUCAAGAUAUUGCCCUCAUGACAGGAGCUGAUUUUUUAUCUGGAGAUUUGGGUUUAUCUCUAGAAUAUGCAACCUCUGAUCAGCUUGGAAUUGCAUUAAAAGUAACUAUAACAAGUAAUUACACAACUAUUGUAGCUCAUCCAUCCAUGAAAUCUGAAAUCAAAGCAAGAAUUUCCCAAAUAAAGAAAGAUCUUUCAGAAACAGAUAGUUCUUAUCUUUCUAAAAAGCUCAGUGAACGAAUUGCAAAACUCUCAGGUGGUGUUGCCAUUAUCAAGGUAGGGGCCCACACUGAGAUGGAAUUAGAAGAUCGAAAGCUAAGAAUUGAGGAUGCAAAAAAUGCCACGUAUGCAGCCAUGGAUGAGGGUAUUGUGCCUGGUGGUGGGGCCACUUAUAUUCAUCUUCUUGAGGAAAUUCCCUCCAUUAAAAAGUUAAUGGAAGAUCCAGAUGAAGAAAGUGGUGUCAACAUCAUAGCAUCUGCGUUGCAAGCUCCUGCAAAACUGAUAGCAGCAAAUGCAGGGGUAGAUGGUGAUGUGGUGGUUGAGAAGAUGAAGAAACUUGAAUGGGAAUUUGGGUAUAAUGCAAUGACAGAUACAUAUGAAGAUCUUGUUGUAGCAGGAGUCAUUGAUCCAUGUAGGGUUUCAAGGUGUGCCCUUCAAAAUGCAGUUUCAAUUGCUGCUAUAAUUCUCACUACUCAAGCGGUUUUAGUUGAGAAAAUAAAAGAGAAAAAACCACCCGUGCCUCUUCUUCCUGGAAUACAUCCUUGAAUUAUGAAUAUGAGAGGAUUAAGUUUGUGGAACUGUUUUGACUUUUUUGGUCAAACUUAAAAAGGUCAGCUGCGGAGUUUCAAUUUCUUACAUGUAGACUGCCCGGAAGGUCAAAACCAGUUCGGGCAGGGGUGUGUAAGCUGAGGGCAGGAGAUGGAAUGGGCAUUGAUGGCGAUUUUGUUGGUUGAAAUGGAUUUGUAAUGAUAUUUAGAAUACAAAGGAAUUAGUGGAAAGAAUCUUUUAUUUUGUUUUUGUUAAACAUGAACCAACUCAUGGUGCUUGAUUCAAAACAGAUG